AUGGCUAACCAGGAGCAGCACCCCGGCGGCCUCUUCAACCAGGACAGAGACGAAGACAAAUCCUCAUCCUUCUCUCAGUCCGGUUAUGGAGAUCAAGGCCGCACUGGUGGUUACGGCGACAGCACUGGCUAUGGCGACUCCACUGGUUACUCUUCUCAAGGACGUGCCGGUGGUGGUGGCGGUGGCUAUGGCGACAACACUGAUUACUCCGGUGAAGGACGUCGUACUGGCGGAGGAGGCUACGGCGACAGCACUGAUUACUCUGGUGGUGAAGAGCGUCGUGCUAGUGGCGGCGGAGGUGGCUACGGCGACAGUUACUCUGGUGAAGGACGUCGAACCGGUCGGGGCGGCGGUGGAUACGGAGACAGUUACUCUAGUGAGGGACGUACUGGAAAUGUCGGUGGCGACGGAGACAGUUACUCGGAAGAAGGACACGGGGGCCGUGGCGAGACCACUGCUUACUCUUCUGAUGGGCCCCGCGGCGGACGGUACAGCGAGACGUCUGAAACCUAUGGGUCUCGUGACUCUGGAGACUACAAGAAGCAGGAGAAGCACCACAAACAUCUCGAGGAACUUGGGGAGCUAGGUUCUGCUGCUGCUGGCACUUAUGCAUUGUAUGAGAAGCACGAGGCAAAGAAAGACCCAGAGCAUGCUCGCAGGCACAGGAUAGAGGAGGAGAUUGGGGCAACAGGGGCAGUUGGUUCGGGUGGGUAUGCCUUCCACGAGCAUCAUGAGGAGAAAGAGUCAGAGAGAGAAGAGGAAGAGUCUCAUGGAAAGAAGCAACACCACCUCUUCUAA